AUGACAACCGGCAUCAAUGGCACCUCGAAAGUCGUCUCGCCCUCCAAACUUGCGCAUGUCGUCCUUCGUACUAAUAAAUUCGAGGAGCAGCGCGAGUUCUACAAGGUGUUCCUUGGUGGUUAUGAAGUCCACGGCAACGACUUUAUCACUUUCAUCACCUACGAUGAAGAGCACCACCGGAUUGCCUUGUUGAAGACCCCUGGUACGAAGGAUAAGGACUUCGAGUCCUGUGGGCUGGAUCAUAUUGCCUUUACGUUCGAAACGAUAAAGGAUCUGUGUAUGGCAUAUAGGCAGCGUAAGGAGUUGGGGAUUGAACCUGGGUGGUGUGUGAACCACGGGCCGACAACGUCGAUGUACUACCGAGACGUAGAUGGGAAUACGAUCGAGACACAGAUCGACAACUUUGACGAUCCAGAGGAAGCGACGAGAUACAUGUCGAGGCCAGAGUUUGCUGAGAACGCUAUGGGCACGGAUUUUGAUCCAGAGGAGCUUUGUGCCGCUGUUCUUGAUAGGGGAGAGGACGAGGCGAAGUUCAAGAUGCCGAUGCCUAGUGGUCCUCGAGGCCCUGGGGAUAUUAAAGAGGUUAUGGGACGCGUUCGGGCGAAGGUUCCGUUGAUUAAGGUCUAACUUAGAAGGCGGCUAUAACGACCAAAAUGGUCUCAGGCUUUCAUUAAUAAUUUCUUGCAUUCACCACCGACUUCAGUGAACAGUGAACAAUUGCCAGCAACCCCGUAAACAAAGCCCUCUCGCCC